UAAGGGGCCAACUAACUUCACUCCCGAACACUAAAUUCAAAUACGGCGGGAAAAUACUAACAGGAUAUGGCAACCAUGUCCAGCCUUCUCCUCUGCCGGAACAAGUGGCUCGUGAUCGGAUCGCCUAGGACAGAGACCCUACAUUUUACUCACCGUCAAGUUGUAACCGUUACACUCGGAAUGGGAGUUGCUAUCGGGAAGGAAAAGAAACAGUCAAAUGCGGCCUAAAGUAUUUAUUGCUACCCAAACGGAUUCCCUAAUAAUUUGGAAAUGCAGAAGUCCCUAACGAGUAGGCCUGUGCGAGGGAAGACCUCUGCCAGAGAAACCCUCGACUCGUGUUCGUAGAAGCUAAAGGGGUUGACGUUAAUAAACAAGCUACCACUGGGUUUCCUGAAAUAUAAUACAAUACUCUUAACAGUACUUGGUAAAUAGUAGUUAUUGGUUAGUUUGGUUGCGUUCGUAGAUUUUGUUUUUGAUGUUAAGUAUCCAGCCUUUGUCAUAAAGGUAUGGCCAUCUCAAGUUUAUAAGUCUCUCUCUGUAGUUUAAACUGUUGUAUGGUUCCAUUGCCAAAAUCGACCUUAAGGUUGUUGAAUUGUUGCAUUUGGUGCACAUGUUUACUAUAGAACGCGUGCAGCACGUGACCAUAAAUCAGCUGUUAGUAAGCCUGUGGAUACACCGCUGUUGUUUAUACGGUAUAAACUUUCAAUUAUUAAAAUAAGAGUAAGUACUUAAAUUAAUUUCUAUACACCCAAAACAAUGCCCAACUUUUGUGCUGUUGCUCAGUGCGGAAGUAGAAGUAAUAGGGACAAGGCAAGGAUGCUAUAUAAUAUAGGAUUGCCUGAUCCCUAUACUGUGCAAUGGCGGCUAACAUAUGCAGGACAUUUUCAUGAUCCAUCAUAGGAUGAUUGGCACUCCAUUCAUUUAAGAGGUCCGUGUAUGAACCUGAAAGUUGUUAUUUUGUUAACCCUUACCGGUACUUGAGCUACGGCCAGUGAUCAUUUAGGUUUAUAGUUAUCAUGAGCUAUAGAUAGGACUGUUGCUGGUAAGAAAUACCAAAAUAUGGAUGAACAUGAUGUCCUACCACUCAUUAAAAUCGAACCAAAACAAGAAGAAGAAAUCCAUUCCAAUCUUCAAGAAAACAUUUUAGUAAGCAACGAAGCAUUGGUUACAAUAAAGGACGAAGAAAUUGCCAUUUCUGCACAGUGUUCCAAAUCGCUCGAUAAUGAAGUACAAAAACAAAGUGAUUGUGGAUGGAAUAUUAAAAGUCAUAUUUCCAAUGAUUUCAAAUGUGACUUCGAACAACACAAAACAAAUAGUAAGCUUCAAGUUAAACUACAUCCUUUAAAGCAAAAUGUCUUUCACUGUGCUCAUUGUGAUUAUGUCACAUGGAAUAAACGAUAUCUUAAAAGGCACCUUUUAAGACAUGUCGAUUCUAAAGUUUUUAAAUGUGUUCAUUGUGAUUAUGGAACAAAUAAUGAAGGAUAUCUUAAACGAAACUUUUUAAUACAUAGCGAUUCUAAAGAUUUUAAAUGUACUAAUUGUGAUUACGAGACAAAUUACAAAUCGAAUCUUAAAAAACACCUUUUAAAUCAUACUGACUCGAAAAAUUUUAAAUGUGGACAUUGCGAUUAUGAAACACAUUUCAAAACCAACUUUAACCGACACCGUUUAAAACAUACUGGCCCUAAAGAUUUUAAAUGUGCUAAUUGUGAUUAUGGAACAAAUAAUGAAGGAUAUCUUAAACGACACCUUUUAAUACAUAGCAAUUCUAAAGAUUUUAAAUGUACUAAUUGUGAUUACGAGACAAAUUACAGAUCGAACCUUAAAAAACACCUUUUAAAUCAUACUGACUCGAAAGAUUUUAAAUGCGGACAUUGCGAUUAUGAGACAAAUAACAAAACCAACUUUAACCGACACUGUUUAAAUCAUAUUGGCUCUAAAGAUUUUAAAUGUGCUAAUUGUGAUUACAAGACAAAUGAUAAAUACCGCUUUAAUGAACACCUUUCAAAACUUACGUUAAUAAUAAUGUCUGUGCAUGUAGUAAUGAUUAUCUCAGAGCAAGACAUAACAUAAAAGUAAUCUGUUAUUAAUUAAUUAAGAUUCUCCAACUUAUACCUGUUAGAAGUUAAUUAGAAUUAGAAGUAAGUAGACAUUUGCUUAGUGGCGGAAACGCAUGUCGA